GGAAUAUUUGGCGCCAUUUCAACUCUUAUAUAAACCAUUAUCAAUAAAUCCUUAUUUCAAUUCCUGGUCUUUCACAUUGAAAUCUGAAGAAGAAAAUGGAUACAUCGAACCCGGCGGCUUUUGUGAACGCGGAGUUGCUGCGCAUGUAUGUAGGGCGUAGGGUUCGCGCAGUGAUUCAGGUGCUCAGAAACGACGGCGGCUCAAUUUUCGGAAAAUCGACCGAUGAGCAGGAACUGGUUAUCAAGGGGCAGCCCCCUAAUCCCCUCACGACUUUUGUUGAGGUUAUCGGCAUCGCUGACAGCAAUCGAUCUAUUCAGGCUGAGAUUUGGACUAACUUCGGUGACAAUUUUGAUGUCUCAAGCUACAAUACUGUUUGUCAACUUGCAAAUGGGGAUUUCAAGCACCUGUUCAUCUAAGCAGUUAUCUUGUCUGCAGCCGUAAAGAUUGAUUCUGCAUUCACAUUUCACAAGUAGGGCAGUUCUUGAAUUCGUGACUGAAUGUUGUGGUCUGCCUUUUUGUUAUAUCUACAUGGACGAAUUCGAAUCUUUUAA